AGAAAUCAAUCAUAUCGUAGCCAUGAACCUCGCGCUGCAUGGAUUUUUGCUGCAAGUUUUCGUGUCGAUUCUCGACUUUCGUCAUGGCCGUUUGUUAUGCAGCGCGGGGGAACCUGGCUAUCUGGACUUCGACAAUCUGCCGGAAACGAAUUUCUCAUGUCAAGGAAAAGUAAUCGGCGGAUACUACGCGGACGUCGAAGCGGGCUGUCAAAUGUUUCACGUCUGCACCAUCGGCCAGAAAGACGAGAUUAUGGACAUAAAAUUCCUCUGUCUGAACGGAACCGUCUUCGACCAGGAAACCAGAGUCUGCGAGAGGGUUGAUGAGGUCGACUGCAGCAAGAGUGAGCGGUUCUACAAUCUGAAUCUAGAGCUGUAUGGCAAUAACGCUGUGACACUCAGCUUGAACGGUGAUGACGAGGACGACCUGACGAUUGAUCCAGUAGAAGAGCAUCAACUGCUGCGAACUACCUCGGCGCGACCCAGCACAACCAGCACAACUAGCACGACCACAUCCCGACCUAGCAAACCAUCCACCACGGCCGCUAGUGGUUCCUUCCAGCACCCAGCCGGUUAUCCGCAGCACUAUCAGCCGCAACCACCGUUCCCACAAGUACACACGAGCCAGUCCAAGUCGCUGUACGAUGAUAAGAACGGCGGUUACCAUCACCAGUACAUCUUUCACAAUGGCGGCGAGCGCACCAGCAAUCAGGCCACGUCUUAUCAAUUGUUCAGUAAUCAGGGUGCUGUAAGCUCGACGACCAUACCGCCGGCGCCACCCCCGCCACCCCCGCCGCAGAUUCAUCAGAUCAGGUACAGCUCGACGGUGGGUCCACCACCGCAGAUCAUUCACAGCGAACCGUCUACCGUGACGCCGUUGUUCGCGACAUCCUCCACGAUACAGACGCUGCUCAACAGCAACGCGAACAACCCGGCGGCCUUGAUUAACCCCAUCUUUCACAAUCACGGGAUCGCGAGCACUACUGAACAAUUCUCCGUCCAUAGCAACAAUCCACGCGAGACUAUUGACUAUCGUGAUGAUGGCGAUCAGGAACAAGACAUAAGAGCAUUGGAAGCGAUACAAUCGGCGAACAAGGGCAAGAUUUCUAAGCUGACAAUAUCUCCGGUGCCAAGCCAGCAAGAGUCGUCCCGAACAGUACAGACGAAAACAAGUCAAACAUCACAGCAACAGCAGCAGAGGAUAUCUGGCAACUUUUUGCCGACUCCGACCAUCGUCGAGACAACUAUGAGAUCGUUCUAUCCGACACCGAGGCCUUCUCCGAAGCCUCCGCAGUCGUCGCAGUCAGUCACUCGUCAGGUUACUCAACACAUUCACGUGCCGCAGCUCAAACCUCAUCAAAUCACCAUAAAUCUGCCGCCACCAGAUAUCCAGAGAAUUGUGCAGCACCCGUCGCCUCUGCUGCCUUCGCAGUCUCGGGUGAUUGUCACGGCGAAGGCGAGCGUGAGCGAUGAAUCUGGUAGACCUCUGAACACUACGCAAUUGGUGACACUGCCGUUGCCAACUAUACCGGCUAGCUAUGACGAUUACAAGGAGGGUGACGAGUCCUUCGAUCCCUUUUAUCGCGACGUUCCAAAAAUUCGCAAAAAUCGCCAGAACGCGAUGGAGAAAAUAAGAUUCUUGCGCGCGAAACGAUCACUCGAGCAACCCUAUCACUUCGUUUACGGAGUUGACAAUCGUCAGAAUUUCAAAAUGGUACGAGAGGACGAGCCGCGUAAGAAUGAAGGUAAUGCGAUAAAUAAAGAAAAUACGCAUGUCCAGAUUAACCUCAAAGAUUUCCGAGCUCUUAAAGAAAGUCUAAUAAAAUUUAGAGACAUUUUAUUUAGCGACAAUGUAAACGAAGAUUCUUUUCAUAAUAAUGCUGAAGAAAAUAAAAAUAAUACCGAACGUGUUGGGAUAGACAGCAAGGCUUUUGAUACAAUACCUAUAAAGCAAGUGAAAGACAAUGCGAUAAAAAAAGUAGACUAUUUAGAAGACUUGAAGACAGAAGCCUCUAAACACUUUAAUUUAAAUAAAAAUGCGGAUAAAGAUGAGGAAGAAGAAGAUGAGAAAAUAAAUGAUUAUUCAUCUCCAAAUAUUAAAGUUAAAGCUGAAAAACCGCUUGAUGAGAAAAAACACAUUAAGGAUACGUCAGAACUUGAAAUUCACUUCGAAUCUACGACUGCUCAUCCUCGAAAGAAUGAAUCUCAAGGAGACGUUAUAGACUUAAUAAUACUCGAUUCCGACAAUGAUUCUAAAGUGAAAGCCACGUCCGCCAAGACUGACGCAUCUAUCGAGAUUAUCAUCAAGGAGGAAACAAAAUCUGGCACGCACAACGACUCGAAGACUGAUGGGAAAGUUGCGCACAGAGGACAAAUCGCAGAAUCCCUGAUAAAAGAUGAUCCGGAGAAGCGAUCGAACUCCGUCACCGGCGAGAGAAGACAAUUCGCGGUUCCGCAUGAAACAAUUAAACAAAAUGAUGGUGCCAAAGAUGACGGAGAACGAAAGUCUGGUCCGAGAAGGAAGAGUUCUCGACCGAGAUCAUCGAAAAGACGUAUAUCUUCGAGAAUAAGGCAGCAAAGAAUGGAAAACAUCGAACCAGAGACAAUUCAGCAAAUGGAAAGAACUACUACUACUGCUAUUAUUGAUGCUGUUAUUUCUACUUCUACUACUACAACUACUUCUACUUCUACUACCACCAUGACUCCAUCCAUCGCAGCUUUUGAGAAGAAAAUUGCGGAACAAAUUGAUAGUAACAUUUUCGGAGACUCAGAGUCACACACUUUUAAAGAACUUGAUACAAGGGCGAUUGGUCAACGAGACGCGAUAUACUCGAAGAGCUUACAGAACGAUAAAAGUUACGAUGCCAGUAGAAGUAAGAACAUAGAACGAUCGUUUAAUCGCCAGAUUGUGGAAGAUCAUACAAAGAGCUCGGAGCUACGUACUGAUAAACUAGAGGAAGAAAAACAGGAAACUGAAGUGCCAGAUUAUACGCAGAAUACUGAAGAAGAAGAUACAACCAUCACUGAAAAUCCGAGUAGUGCAAAAGAAGUGAAAUCGACAGAAGUUACACACGUCUCUGAAGAGAACAAGUCUUCCACCGAAGAGGAAGAUUCUUACAAGGAGUACGAAUUUCCGGAUGAUGAUGAAGUUGACACAAAUGAAGGAGAACUCGAAGAGAACUCGCAGAACCGAUCUAGCAAAAUUUCUUCCGACGAAGUUACAAUUUCUAAUGAAGGUAACUUGGAGAAAGAAUCAGCUUAUCGCGAAGAUGUAAGCAAGAAAUCGAGCACUGAUAUGUCAGACGAAGAGCAGAGUUCAACGGCAAAUUACAAUGAAGAGGUAAAUUCCGAAGAAUUGAACGAUUAUCAGGAUAUAACGGAAUCGUCCGUGGAGAGUACGCAUAGCAUUCAGGAAGAUUACAGAGAGUAUUCAGAAAGUACUGAGGGUUCCACGAUGGAUUAUACGAAUACCGAGGAGUACACCGAUUCCCAGGAAGAUAUCACGGCUUCGACCGAAGAUGGCGAGGGUAGUACUGAGGGUGUCCUGAAAUUUACAGACGAAUUGCCAGUAUCGGAUAAUAAUGAGGACGAGGAAACAACGGAAGAAUCGUCAGCAUCUAACGAAAGCGGCGCGCAUGAUUACGUCGACGACAAUUACGAGCCCGAAAAUUACAAAACAGAAAUUACCACAAAUUCGAAAGAAUUUGAAGAGGACAAGAGUGAGGACAAAAACGAUGGAGAGAAGGAAGAUACGUCAGCGAAAGAUCCUAAUCGUACGAAGAAUAUAGAGAAGAAUGAUGAUAGCAUCGAAGUAGAAACGCAGACGGAUCACGUGGCCGGUGUCACGAAGAUCAAGGAUCUCCAGGAAAUCACAAGUUUAACUACGACUUUGUCGACUACAACGCCGGCAUUAACUACGACGAUAUCAAACACAGCGGCAUCGACUACGACAGCGUCCAGCACAACGGCGUCGACCGCGGCAACCUCAACCACAAUAGAGUCGACCACAUCGAUAUCGAGCUCGACUCCGAUCACAACUGCGAUCACAACUCCUCGAACGACGACCACUCGUCGACCAAAGACUACCACUCCUCGUGCCACGCCACCGAAACUAUUUAAGCCUACUGGGAAUAAAAGGAUUUAUGCUUACAAUCCUCCUUCGACGACUCCGAAUCCGGUUGUGAUCAAACCGAGAUUGGGUCUAUAUAAUCCGAAGCCGGCGAAACCGAUUAAAUCUUAUAAUGACUUGGUGCCAAAACCAACUAUCAGGAAGCUAAUUUUACCUACACGAAAAUCUACCACCACCACUACCACUACCGAAGCUACUACUACUACAAUAGAAAUGUUGAAUACGGAGAAUCCGGAAAUGACGACGGAACCUGUGACAAUAACGGCGGUAUCGACGACGGCAGCAGCAACGACGACGACGGCAGCGAUAACGACGGCAGCAACCUCAACGACAACAGCUGCAACGACGUCAACAGUGGCAACAACAACAACGACAACAACAACAACGGAGGCAACAACAAUGACCGCAGCAGCGACGACGACGACGACGGAGUUGAGUAGAAGCGAGGAGAACGGUCUCGAGAGUAAACUGGAAACGAACGAACGUAUAUCUCUCUUUUCAGCAAAUAAUGAUCAAACAAACAAGGAGGAUCAACUUCCAAACCCGUCUGAGCAAAAUACUUCGACCAACUCUUCGAAAAACGCUGAUCCAGAAAUGACGACCACGAAAAUCGAAGCUUCCACUCCUUAUCCUCUAUCUAAAUUGUUCACUCUUGCGCCUUCCAUUGAGCCGACCACGAAGGAAGUAGAUGUUAAACCGCAGGAAACGACGGAGGACAUCGAUACUCUCGUACCGACGACUAUUCCACCGACGACGUUGCUGUCCGAAAAAUCCGAGUAUGCUGAGAUUACGCCGAGUACUGAGAAAUAUUUCGAAAUAACGGAGACCACCGCAGCUCCCACUUCUAAAAUCUAUGAGGAAAACUUCUUUGGUUUCUUCGCGGAGGACUCCGAUCCCGGUGCGUCGAUGGAAACUGCGAUCCUCAGAUCAAACAGCCGGAAACUCGUAAAACCGCGGAAGCACCCGAGCUUUAAUUGCCUCGAGAAAGAAAUGUAUCGCUUCUAUGGUGACUUCAGGGACUGUCGAUUGUUCCAUUAUUGUUCGCCCGGUUUUACCUCGCGACAGGUGCUGGACUUCCGGUUCGUGUGCGAGGAGGGCACGGCGUUUGACGAAGUGACGCAGAGUUGCCGUCAUGAAGUGCGUAACCGGAAGUGCCGAAAUCGCUCCUGGUGAGCGUCCACGAGGAGAAAUGAAGGAUGCUCCACCGUUUCGUUUUCUUCGAAUCUCGUGUUUCCUCGAUUCCGUUGAUUUUGGUAAUUCGUGAAUCCUUUAGGACUCUUUAGUGUAUUUAUAUUUUCUUCCUUCCUUUUUUUAACACUCAAUACGUAAGAAAUACCCGAAGAAGAGGGCUCCCUUCUUCUCCUAAGCCCAUUGCCAUAGCGCUUCGCGCUGGAUUCACACUUAUUAAAGUUAAUGCGUUCUAAUCGACUCGCGAUCAUCGAUUGGAUCAAAGAGGGAAGCGAGGAAACAUCGUUGGCGCAGUUUCGUUUGAGAAAAGAAGUCACACUUAUCGUUAGCGUUAAGUAAGAAAGCGAAAAAGUCGGUUCCUACGUUGUGUCCUCGGGACAUAUUGGCGCGAGAGACAUUAAGCGAAGAUAGUGAAGUCGCGUGACUGUGAAGCGAUUUAUUAUAUAUCGCAAUCACUCGUCGAGCGAAUGAUUCAGAUCCGCCAAACGCGAAUUUCUGAACGUUGCCGAAUAUUGCCGAAGAAACU